AUGUCGGAUAGCGACCUCGGGGAGGAGGACAGCGGCACCUCCCCGGACCCCUCGCAGUCCAACAAGAGGAAGAGAAGGGGCAACCUCCCCAAGGAGUCCGUCAAGAUCCUCCGGGACUGGCUGUACGAGCACCGCUUCAAUGCCUACCCCUCCGAGCAGGAGAAGCUCAGCCUCUCGGGGCAGACCAGCCUCUCUGUGCUGCAGAUCUGCAACUGGUUCAUCAACGCCAGGAGGCGGCUGCUGCCCGACAUGCUGCGCAAGGACGGGAAGGACCCCAACCAGUUCACCAUCUCCCGCCGAGGGGGCAAAGCUGGCGACGUGGCCCUGCCACGGGGGGCAGCUGCCGGCUCCGGGGUGCUGGUGGUGCCUCCUGUGACGGCCGCGGGGGCCUCCAAGGUGCUGUCCAUGUCCGUGUGCCCGCAGGUACUGUGCCACCCCGCCCAGGCGCUGGGCAGCAACCUGACGGUGGUGAGCGCCCGCAGCCCCGAGCGGGAGAAGCCCCCUGGCCCGCAGCGCGCGGAGCCGGACCCUGCCCCCAAAGCGCCGCUGGGGCUGAGCGUGGCUGUGCCCGGCUGUGCGGUGCUGGUGACCUCUAGUGACAAGCUGGUGUCUGCGGGGAGCUGGCUGGCCCCCAGCCUGGCCUGGUGGCGGUUUUGGGGCUCCGGGGCGGUUCCUGGCUGGGCAUCGCUUGCUCUCGCUGGAGAGGUGGUGACGGGGAGAGGAGCUGGGAGCGCCGGCGGGGAGCAGCAGGAAGGCUCGCCGAGCGCCCGCGCGUUGGCCCUGUGCACCGCAGGGGUGACUGCAGCGCCGGGGCCACCCGGCUGGGCAGAGGGCACCACCGAGGUGGAUGCUCGUCACGUGGCUGCGAACAUCCCCCUCCUCAUCACCCCAGCUCUGUUUUAUGUCCGGCCUUUGCCCUCUGCCUCCUUUCUGGGGAAAGCCCUGAAUUUUGGGACUCCCUCCCUUAUUUCUAGGUAG